AAAACUCCAAACUCAUCUCUCCCGUCCGCCAACUGCCUCAGCUUACUUCAACUUACACAGUACUUGCAGAAAGCGGCUGGAAAAAAAAAAAAUCCGAUUACUAUAAAUUAACCUCCCAUGCCUAUCUCGCAUUUCGUAUUGGGACUGUCCGCCCGUUGUCCAGAACUAUUAUCUUCUUAAAAUAAGCCAAAAUCUGGCAUAACUAAAAGAAUAGUGGUUUUGAGAGAAAGUGCGCUCACUUCUCCUUUCCUUUCACUUCGGUUUUUCUCGAGUUUUACAGUUGUGAUUUUGAGUAUCUCUAUCUCUCCGUCAGAUGCUCCGAUACUUCAUCUGGGUAUCAGGCUGCCCUCAGUACUGAGGAUUUGUGUGUUCCUGUGAAUAAUUAGGGGUAAUUUUUUUUUUUUUUUUAAUUUUUUUUUUUUUUCGAGACACGCCCAGGGCGGGGUGAUGGGAUGGUUAUGACAUCCUCAUCUUAAUGGCCUAAGAAUAACAGAAGAUGCAGUCCGCGCAGAUUUGAUUGACUGUGGCUGUGAGAUAUCACGGUGGGCUCUCGUCGCGAUUCAGUCUCUUCGUGUCUCCUUAGGCCUAUUGUCUUUUAUCUCAUGUUUAUCUCUUUAUAUUUCCUCUAAAGAAGCUAUCUUGUCCCUCACGAUACGUUCCCUUAAGCCGUAGGACGCAACCUUCUACGGCUUGAUCCUGGUCUGGUGCCUUUGUCCUGAUUCACCGUCCCCCUCCAAAAAAAGGCUAUAAGAAUAGAAGCUCGAAUCAAGUCAUCCGGGGAACUAUGGCAUCAAAUUCAAGGACUGGGUUGGUGAACUUGCCGAAAGAGGUAUUGAUAUAUUUUUGAACUAACAAGUGUGUGGAUUUCCUCUCUAUGACUUACUAACUCUCAGCAACCCCUAAGUUGAUUCAAAUGAUUGCCAUGCUGGUAGAACUGGAGGAUGUAGAUAUGUGUCGCAUGGCCCGUACCUGUCGCUAUUUUGCGGAGGCCAUUAUCCCACCCAAUUCCGGUGUCUGGAGGAGACGGUUCUUACAAAAAUACGAUCAUCCGCCGCCAGAUAAAUCUUCAGAAGAGGUUCGGGUGGAAUACAAAGUGCGCAGUAUUAUGUUGGCGCAAACACCUUCGUUUCGGGACGGGGAGGGCAGAAAGGAGAAACUGUGGCUCAGCGUCUUGACUACAUUAUUUGCUGAGUCAUACAAUACCCAACCAUCCCGGCAAGGUGACGAGAUGCGCGUUUCUAGAAACCGCGCUUGUAUCAAAAAGGCCAUCAGGAGUUCUGGCUUCCUCGAUCAGCCCAUAGUGGGCGAUGGCGCGAAUUCCUCACUCCCCCCUAGUAGGCCAUAUCUGGCCAUCCAACUGGCCGCGACAUAUCUAGUUCUGGAUAUCAACCAUUCCUUCCGCUCGCUGCGGACAGACUAUGAUCUGAACAUUGUAUAUCGAUGCGACUCAUCGACGCCUGACAUCCCCAUUAUUAAUGCAUCUAAUGAUGAAGAGAACAUUGACCUGUACCAGCUUCUCCAUAUCCGAAAUUUUUGGAAACGGCACCUGAGGAACCGGGAUGAGAAUACGUUCCAUAAAUCGUACCAUAACAUUCCGAAAAUUAUGAGGCCGAAGGCUUGGGAGGAGGGUCUUGGGAAUAAGGGCAGUCUGGGCACUUGUUGGUUAGGAUAUUAUUCAUGCAUUCACCCGCUCCCGAUCUCAUCCACCGACCUACAGGAAAGGCAGACAUGCGCAGACUUAAUGAGCCAUUGGGAAAGCACUUCUGCAUUGCUGCUGAAACUCCCCACACUCACCACCAACGCUUCUAUUUCUACAACAUGGUUCCCCCUCUUCAACGAAGCCUACCCUAUAAACACUAACGUCGAGCCCUCAUCCCGUACCUACUUCCGCGGCACCCAAUCGCUCAACCUCGAUCAGAACCACCACCACCACCACCACCACCACCACGACGCCCACGACGACGCCCAUGACAGCAACGACCAGCCCCACCCCAACUCAAUGCGGGGCUUCACUGAACCCUGUCCUGCCCAAGCCGGCAUUCCUGGCUGGCGUCGCAUAUGCUUUAUCAUUUAUGAAAUUAACCCGGAGUUUUUCGUCUCUGCUGCUGAUGACAAUGACAAUGGCGACGGCGGCGGCGGUGGCGGUGGUGGUGAGGGCGACGAGGAGGUGGAAGGAUGGUUGCCGUGGAGCUGGACUGCGGUGGAUUUUCUAUGGGCGUAUGGGUAUGAAGGGGUGAUUGUACCCGGGGGCGGCAUUAUGAUGGGUAGGUGGAGGAAUAUGAUGGUGGAGGCGGAAGUGGAGGAGGGACCGUUUGUAUUUUGGGUGGUUUGAUGUUUUUCUUUUUUUCUUUCUUUUUUCCUUUACGCUCGAUGAGCAGGGGAGAGGGGAUAGGGAAUAGACAAUUAGAUUUGGAUGCGGUAUGGGGUUUGGAAAGGGGAGAUUGACAGAAGGGUGGUUCAUCUAAGUAGUUCCCCUGAAAAUCCCAUUAUAUUUAUUCUUUAAGGGUAAAAGGGACCCCUUUCGCGGAUAGUCGCAAAAGAGAACAAGAAAAUAGAUAUAUUAACAUACAACAUACGCCCAACCUCAUUAGAAAAGAAAAAAAAAUACCGCUUUCGCAUCCCCAACUAAACUCAGUCCUCAAUAUCCUUCACCUUCUCCCACUGCCCCUUCAAACUCUCCUUCCACAAACUGACUUUAUUAUCCCCACCGCUGACAGCU